AGAAGAAACGGAAGAAGUUUUCUGACGCCGCCAUUAUCCGAGUCUUUUGUGUUUCGCUCCAAAAUUGUAUAAAUAAUUAUAUGUAAAUGUUCUGGUUGAUCUUUGAUAACAUAUAAACAGAUGUGUUAUGGAUCGGAUUAAUGAGUGAUCACAGUCGGUUUAAAGUCGCUCUGUUGGGGUUUAUUCGGGUUUUGUGUCAGUCGGGUGCAGGUGGGUGCGGUUCAGAAAAACAUUCACUCGACAGAAGAGAUUCAGACCUUUAAUUGCGAUUAAAUGUCUUUUAUCAAGUCCAAACUUCAAACUGCAAUUAACAACAAUAUGAAGAACACGUUCAAAACCCUUCUGUUCAUAUCACUCUUGUGCGGUGUCUCGGGUGCAGAUGAAAUGAAGUCAGUGAUGGAGGGAGAUUCUGUCACUCUACAGACUGAUGAGAAUAAAAUACUGACGUAUAAUAAUAUACUGUGGAGGUUUAAAGGUGAUCUCAUAGCUGAAAUCCCUGAUGAAGGUAACAUCAAGAAUGUUACUAAUGUGAGAUUCACAGGAAGACUAAAGCUGGAUAAUCAGACUGGAUCUUUGACCAUCACAAACAUCAGAACCAACCACUCUGGAGAAUAUAAAAUAGAGAUCAACACCGACACUGGGACAACAAAGAAGAAAAUCACUCUUACAGUCAAUGAAUCCCCAUCUGUGAUUGAUCCCGGUACAACUGAAGUGAAGUCAGUGGAGGUGAUUGAGGGAGAAUCUGUCUCUCUAAACACUGAUAUUAAUCCACAUGGAGAUGAGCUGAUCGUGUGGAGGUUUGGAGGUAACGGGGCUCUCAUCGCUAAAGAAGAUAAAGAGAACAAUAAGAUAUCAUUAUCUCCUGAUGAGAGAUUCAAAGACAGAAUACAUCUGGAUCAGACGGGAUCUCUCAUCAUUACAGACAGCAGAACCGCACACACUGGAGAAUAUAAACUAAAGAUCAGCAGCAACAACAGAGAGCCCAUAUACAAGAGAUUCAUUCUUAUUGUGAACCAUCCGCCGAUGUCUGCAGCUGCUAAAGCAGGAAUAACUCUUGCUGUUCUUGGUGCUGUUCUGCUCGUGAUUGCAGCUGCUGCUGCUGCUGGUGUGAUUUACUAUCGCAAGAUCUCUGAACUAGAAAGACUAAAUGAUCAAUGGAGGAGAGUGUCAGAGAUGGAGGGAAAAUCUGUCCCUCUAAUCACUGAUGAUAUUCAUAUAAAGACAGAUGAUGUGAACCUGUAUCAUAAAGACACUCUCAUAGCUCAGAUCAGAAGAGGGAAGAUCACACCUGUUACAGAUGUAUUCAGAGAGAGACUGAAGCUGAAUCAUCAGACUGGAUCUCUCACCAUCAAUAACAGCAAAUGCUCAGACUCUGGAGUUUAUAUACUGAAGAUCAAAAACGGCACUGGAGAGAUCACAUAUAAGAGAAUAAUUGUUACUGUCAGAGAUGAAGGGAUCUCAGAGAUGGUAACGGAGGGAAAUCCUGUCAAUUUAUUCAGUGGUGUUACUGAACUACAGGAAGAUGCUGAAGUAGAGUGGAAAUUUAAAAACACUGUCAUAGCUCACAAAAAACAAAAGGACAAAAAGAUCUCAUUACGUCAGGAUGCUCAUGAUGGGAAAUUCAAACAGAAUCUGCUGGUGGACAAACUGACUGGAUCUCUCACCAUCACAGACAUCACAAUGGAUCAAUCUGGAGAUUAUGAACUGAAGAUCACCAGCAGGAGAGCAACUAUACACAAGAUAUUCAAUGUUUCUGUCUCUGGUGAAGGGAUCUUAAAGACAGUAAUGAAGGGAGAUCGUGUCGAUCUAUUCAGUGAUGUUGCUGAACUACAGGAAGAUGCUGAAGUAGAGCUGAAAUUUAAAAACACUGUCAUAGCUGACAAAAAACAAAAGGACAAAAUGAUCUCAUUACGUCAGGAUGCUCAUGAUGGGAAAUUCAGACACAAUCUGCAGGUGGAACAAAAGACUGGAUCUCUCUUCAUCACAAACAUCAGACCGGAUCAAUCUGGAGAUUAUGAACUGAAGAUCAUCAGCAGGAGAGUAACUGUACACCAGAGAUUCAAUGUUUCUGUCAUUGAUGAAUUGAUCUUAAAGACAGUAAUGAAGGGAGAUCGUGUCGAUCUAUUCAGUGAUGUUGCUGAACUACAGGAAGAUGCUGAAGUAGAGUGGAAAUUUAAAACCACUGUCAUAGCUGACAAAAAACAAAAGGACAAAAUGAUCUCAGUACAUCAGGAUGCUCAUGAUGGGAAAUUCAGAGGAAGACUGAACGUGAACCAACUGACUGGAUCUCUCAUCAUCACAGACAUCACAAUGGAUCAAUCUGGAAAAUAUGAACUGAAGAUCAUCAGCAGCAGAGCAACUGUACACAAGAUAAUCAAUGUUUCUGUCUCUGACGAAGCUGAUGUAUUGAUGGCUGUGGAGGCUUUAAGCAAAGAGUUGGAGAAUAUCGAGGCUGAUGAUGGAGUGAAUGAGUCUGAUGGUUUGAUGAAUAAUGCCGCUGCUAAUGGAGUGAAUGAGUAUCAGGUCACAAGUCCUGUUUAAGUUAAAGAGGCUCUCAUCAUCACUGCUGUAAAUCACUGUUACAUCAUCAACAUUCAAAUCACAUCUACAAAAACAUAUUUCACAUUUUAAUGAAUCUCGAUAAACUCGUCCUGUAAAAUGAGAGAUCAACAUACGCUGUUAAACUCUGAAACUAAAGUGUAAAAAGUGUCUUUAUUUUCAAUUUGUUUUUGCCAUUCACACGUAUUAAUAAUCAAAUCCUGCUCUAUGAUUUACAGUUUUUAUCAUUUUAAUUGUAUACAUGUACAAUAACGUUUGACUCUCUUCUAUAUCAUGAGUGUAGACUGCACGCUUUAAAUAUCUAAUAUUAUAUAAUCCACAUAUACAACAUCAGUUUUCCUCAAAGUAUUGUGUUUUUAUUAAUCUGACACCACUAACAGGUUCAUGUUUAGUUUUAGGUCAGUGUAUUUUAACACUCAUGUCCAGUGACUUACACAUUGAGUUAUUAUGCUUUUAUUAAAGACAUUAUCAAACCGCAAGUUUAUAUUCUUUUAGUAUUUUUAUUUUACUUUGCAAUGUGCUUUAAUAGUUUUCUGCUAUAUUGAAUAAGUGCACUUGUUUAUUUUAUCUGGUAAUAUUGAGUGUUUUUGUGAAGUCUGAGAUUGUGAAUUUAAUGUUUUAAAUACGGUCUGAAUAUUUCUGCAACUAAUCGCAGGGUUGGUGGUUUGAUUCCCGGCCCACAUGCCGAAGUGUCCUUGGGCAAGACACUGAACCCCAAGUUGCUCCCAAUGGCAGACUAGCACCUUGCAUGCAGCUCUGCCACCAUUGGUGUGUGAAUGGGUGAAUGAGACGCAGUGUAAAGUGUUUUGAAUGCUGCUAAGGUUAAAAAGGCGCUAUAUAAGUGCAAACCAUUUAUUAACUGCUGUUCUGAUGUAAAAUACAUACAAACUUUUAACUUCAGCUUCAGAUAAUCCUGCCAAAUAUGCAUGUGUGUUAAUCUGUAUUAUGACCAAAAAAUAAAUAAAAUAUAUC